AAUUCUUAUUUGAUUUCACAUUUACAAUUAAAAAAAAAAGAUGCAAUAAAAAAAUAUGUAAAAUAAGAAAACUUUUUAUGCGGAUGACAUUCAGAGGCCUGAAGGAUUAGGAAAUUUCCAAAUUCUUACUUAGUAACACCACGAGUCAACUGCAAACAAGCGUCAGACAAAGUCUGUUGAAAAAAAAUCGUCUGUGUACUCAAGGAUUUAAGCGCAAAUUAUUUCUCGAUAAAGCUCAAUGUAUCUAGUAGUUUUGUCGUAUGUAGUUUUUUUCGUAGCGAAAAAAAAACUUUGCGUCAUAUGUUCGUUGAAAAAUCUCGAUUAAUCUCUACACGCGAUCCUGUCCAUUCGUAUCUACACGUCUAAAGAUAAGAUAGACAGUGGACUCGCUUUUUAUUUCAGUUUGUCGACGAUCUACGAUAAGUUAAAUUACACCAACCUGGAGGUUGGUUCAAAAUUCUUACCGCCGCAGGGAUUCACAUUGUAUUCGUGCUAAUUUACAAAAUGUAUCGUUUUUGAUAAAGUUUAUUGCGAAGUGUUCGUCCCUGAAUUUUCCAAAGUGGUCGCGACUGUCAAUUUCAACGAAAAUGGCAUUCGACGUGGGAAAGAAGUACGAGUAUUCUGCAGACUUCAAGGGUCCCUUGAAGAAUCGUUCCUGCACAGAUUGGCCUUGUCUCAUAAUAUUUGUAGUGUUUAUGGCUGUUUGGAUUGGCAUAGGAAGUUACGCAAUCAUUCAUGGUGAUCUGGACCGUUUUUUGCUACCGGUGGACAGUCAGGGUAGAAAAUGCGGUUUGGACAAGGAAGUCGCGGAUAAGCCGUAUCUCGUUUUUUUCGAUCUACAAGGAUGCCUAAAUAUCGAAUUCAAAUGUAAUACUCCACAAGUUUGUCGAAGUGAAUGCCCUUCUUCUAACUGGGUCUAUCAGUUGAUUGAUGUCAUCCCUGAUAUUAAUGACAUCCGUGAACACAUGAUUUGCGAAACUGGAAUCGAUGUCUGGAACAAAAGUAAAGCCGAAUUCCGCGAAUUGGUAAACAAUGGAAAGUGUGCCAAGUGGUAUUUGAAUAGCACAUCUAUACUCAAACGAUGCAUUCCCCGUGAAAUUCCCCGUGAAAUCCCCCCUGAAAUAAUCGAUUACAUACCGAUGAAUGAGAAUGAUUUGAAGCAAAUUCAAAAAAUCGUUGAAGCACUGGAUUACGCCAAGAAAAUUAUUAACACGAUAAUAAGUACGAGAGGAGGAGUUUUGACACUCGUCGUUGGUGGAGCAGCAGUUUGUUUGAUUUACAUAUUUUUACUGAGAUGGCUUGCAUUUCCCUUUGUAUUCAUUUCAAUCGCCGUACUUUGCGCUGCCUGCGCUGGUUUAGCUUAUUAUUGUUAUUAUCGCUACACGACGGAUGGAGGAACUCUGUGGCUAACGUUGACUAUUGUAGCCGCUGUGAUCGCAGGCUUCAUUCUGCUCCUCGUACUGUGUUUACUGAACAGAAUACGAUUGGCAUGUCAGCUCAUAAAGGAAGCCAGCAAAGCUGUCUCGUCGAUAUUAUCGACUCUUCUAUUUCCAAUAUUCCCAGCACUGAUGCAUUUUGGAACGCUCAUUUAUGUGAUCGUUAUUGGAAUGUUUUGGUGGACGAUCGAAUUCGAUGAAGCCUGGCAACAAAGAACCUUCAUCGCGAUACACGCUAUUGGAUUCAUCUGGUUGUAUUGUUUUAUAACAGCGCUCGGUGAAAUGAUACUUUCGUCGACAUUCGCAACGUGGUACUGGACGUUCAGGAAAUGUGACGUUCCAUUUUUCGCCUUGGCUACUGGAGCAUGGAGAACGAUAAGAUACCAUUUGGGUACAGUUGCAUUUGGUUCUCUGCUGAUAACGAUAUGUCGUUGUAUACGAUAUCUUCUCGAAGCAGUAAAGUAUUGGGCAACUACAGAAGGCGGUUGCAUCAAUUACAUAUGCACUCGUUUUUGGCUCUGCUGUGCUCAAGCCUUUAUGGCGAUGUUAGAGAAAUUUUUAAAAUUUAUGAAUCGCAACGCAUACAUCGUUUGUGCCGUGUACGGAAAAGGACUCUGCACUUCGGCUGGCGAUGCUCUGGGUCUCUUAUUGCGAAAUGUUGUUCGCGUCAUUGUUUUGAACAACAUUGUUUCGUGGUUACUUUUCCUCGGUAAAAUUGCCAUAACAGCUUGUAUGGGCGGCGCAACAUGGUGGGUUUUUACGAGUACGAGUUACGAAACCGAGCUCUGGUGGGUUCCCGUAAUUCUGGUUGUAAUCGCAGCGUACUUAGUGGCAAAUGUAUUCUUCGGAGUUUACGAGGUCGCUGUCGACACGCUGUUCUUGUGCUUCCUGGAGGACUGCGAACGUCACGACGGCUUGAGCAAGCCUUUCUACAUGAGCCACGGACUUCGUAAACUGUUGCGGAAAGACCUGAAUUUCCAUAGAGCCGAAUAGCCCGUUGUU